CAUCCCUGACAAAGGUAACAGGUUGCAGUCGUCGCAUAAUGAACUUGUUGCUGUGUUAAUUUACGAAGGAGUCGCUAUUCCACCCACUUUCCUGCGUGGACUUUGAUAGAAAACGUUCAAAUCCUCAUCGACGUACAGGAAGCGAAGUGUUGAAAAGGAGCGAACGAGCAACGUUAACUCCUGAAAAAGAGCAUGAGCGUACCGUCCUCAGACCGAAGGACCCCAGUGGACUACGGCGUCCAGAUCCGCUUCAUCAACGACCUCCACGACUCUGGCGGGGGGCAACCAGGGCCCCAGCCCCGGACCAAGACCCCAAACGCCUCCAAGUACGGCGUGGCAGUGCGAGUGCAGGGUAUCGCUGGCCAGCCAUACGUGGUGCUCAAGGACGGCAAGAAGGGAGACUCCUAUGGGGUCCAGCUCAGGACCCAGUACCCCACUGGUUACAGCAGCCUUCCCCGCCGCAGAGAGAGAGCAGAGCCCGGAACGCAGGGGGCAGAUGGAGGAGAUGGGGGAGCAGGGCAGGGCGGGGCGCUGCGCAGGGCCCAGUCCCAAGGGUCUCUGCUGGACAGGGACGGCGAGGGAGGGGCGGGCAGCGAGGACUUUCAGCUGUCCAGGCCUCCAGGGGACGGGAAGUCUGGAAGUUAUGGGAACCUGGACGGGGGACUCGGAGCGAGGGGAGACGGCGAGCAGGUCCGGCGAGCCGGUAGUAGAGAGGGCGGCGUGGAGAGGGACACGUGGGAUGGUUCGAACAAACCGGGUCUCAACGGGUCACUGGGGUCGGUUAGGAGCACCCAGUCCUACCCUGACCCUCCUCGACAAACCAAUCAGAGACAAACCCCUGUCAACCGACUAAUAAACCGGUUUGAUGGCAGCAACACGGGAGGCCAGCAGGGAGGGCAACAAGACCCCAGAGCUUCCUCUCCUCUCCCCACCCCCAACCCAUACUCCUCCCCUCCCUCCUCCGCUCACAGCAGCCUGCGACGCAGCCCGGCCGCUGUCAACAAGUUCCCCGAGCAGUCCCCCGGUCGGCGGAUGUCCCCGGGGACGUAUGCCGCAGCGGAGACCCCGCGUGCCGCGCUGACGGAACCACAGGUGACUCCUGACCUUUUGCUGGACCAGGGUCAGAGUGCAGAGGCGAGCGGUGAGGAGGAGCAGGUCAUGCAGACUUUAUACAACAUCCUGAGACAAGGGACAAAUGAGAGCGACGUCAUCAUCAAACACAAAGUCAAAGUCAUCUAUAAGAAGAUUCAGAGUCUAAAGCCCAAAGAAAGGCCUCAGGAGGAGUGGAUGAGAGAGAAGAGGGAGCUUGAAAGAAAGAUGGCUGAACUGCAAACGGCCCUUCAAGUGGAGAGACGGGACUCUGUGAGCAAUUCUGAUCCCGCUCUGAAAGCUGAGCUGGAGUGCUGUCUGGAUGAAAAUCUGCUGCUCCAGGAAAUGCUGGACCGCCAGAAGAAAGAGUUAAAUGAAACCCAAUCAGAGGUGACUCAGCUGCGUAUGGAGCGGGAGAACGCAGAGGUGCGGGUCAGAGGAAUGGAGGACCAGCUGGCUGAGCUUCAGGACGAACUGAGAAGGGAGGACGGCAGCAAGACGGACCUGAUGGCCUGUCAGGCACAGAUGGUGGAUGUGUGCCAGCUGAAGCAGAAGCUGGAGGAGACUCUGCGCCAGCGAGAGAGGGAGCUAACGGCCCUCAAGGGAGCUCUGAAGGACGAGGUGGCCACGCACGACAAAGAGAUCGAGGUGCUCCGAGAGCAGUACAGCGUCGACAUGGAGAAGCUGCGCAGCAGCAUGGAGCAGGUGUCCCAGUCUCAUGUGGGCAUCGAGGCCGAGCGGUUGCGGGUGAACGCGUCCGUUCGCACCCUCCAGCAGCAGCUGGAAGACUGCAGAGACGAGAGCGGCCACUGGAUGGAGCAGUUUCACACCACCAGGGACGAGCUUCGCACCGCCAAACAAGAGGAGCAACCCAGCAGCCCUAAAACACCACUCCUCCAAGCCCGACUGGAAAAAGAGGAGUUUGAGGAGGAACUAACCGACCUCAAGGAGAGAAUGGGCACCAUGAAACGGCAGAUACCGGACCCUGACCACACACAGACUCUCAACCAGGAGCUUCAGCGUUACCAAGCUGACCUUCAAAAGGCCAAGUCUGAGGUGGAGAAGCAGAGGACGGAGUUUGACAAGAAGGUCAUGGAGGUCAUCUCCAUGAAGAAAUCUCACCAGAACCAGGAGGCAGAACUGAAGUAUGAGAUCGACAGGCUGAAGGACCAAUUGCAGAGGGCCAGAGACGAUGUAUCCAAGGCAAAGGACAAAACCAAACGGCUCCCAGACCCGACCAUCAUCUCAGAGCUGGAGCAGAAGCUUAGUGUGACACUUGGCGAAGCUAGCCAGCUCAAAGAGAAACUCUCAUUGGCUGAGGAGGAGGUGGAGGCCAGUAAAACCCAUCUCAGUAGAGCUCAGAUGGACGUUAAAUCGCUCCAAGAUGCCCAGCAGGAACAGGAAGAGGCGAACGCACGGCUCCGAGAGAAACUCUCACGGCUGGAGGCUCAGCUGCAGACCAGCGCAACGGAGAGCUCAGAGGCAGAGAUCGCCCUCCACACCGAGGUGAGAGGGUUGAGAUCGGAGCUGGACGAGGCCAAGAGAAAAGCUUCUAGACUGAGCCAGGAGCACCGCGAACUCGUCCUGCGCGUGGAGGAUUCUGAGAAAGAGAAGGAGACACUUAAACAGACCUUCAACCAGCGGGAAGAGACCAAGCAACAGCAAGAAAGAGCUCUGGAGAAACUCAACAAAGAAUAUGAGUCUCUGACCGUGUCCUCCAGGGAGGAGGUGCAGACUCUCAGGGCUCAGCUGGAGGAGCAGAGAGAGAAGGCACGGAAGGAAAUACAUGAGGCACAACGGAACGGAAACGGCGCACAGAGUGAACUGGAAAGAAGUAAUUUAAAUCUAAAGAGACUUGAGGAAGAGAUGUCGCGACAGAAGAAGGAGAUGCUGCUGGUGUGCGAGGAGAGAGACAACCACCAGCUGGACAAAGAGCUUCUGAGCAACAGGUUGCGCCACCUGGAGGGAGAGAUGGAGGCCGUCAAAAACGGCCAAAAUGAAAAAACCCGGGAGAUUCGCAUCCUGGAGGACAAGCUGAAGCGCAUGGAGUUGGAGCUGGAGGAGGAGAGGAGCAGCGCGGAGAUGCUGACCGAGCGACUGGCCAGGAGCAGAGACCAGAUCGAUCAGCUGCGCUCCGAGCUCCUGCAGGAGAGAUCGUCCAAACAGGACCUGGAGCUGGACAAGAACACCAUGGAAAGACACCUGAAGGAGCUGAGGAGUCGUGUGGCCGACAUGGAGGGUCAAUCUCGCUCCUCGGCAGGAGUCUCCCAGCUGGAGAACAGGAUCCAGGAGCUGGAAGAACACCUACGGAGUGAGGAAAGGGAGAAGAACUCAGUGUUGGCAUCUCAACGGCGUCUGGAGAGGAAACUAAAAGAUCUCAGCUUGACGUUGGACGAGGAGAAACAAACACAUACUGAACAGAGGGACCAGCUCACUCUGAGAGUGAAAGCCCUGAAGAGGCAGGUGGACGAAGGAGAGACGGAGCUGGAAAGGAUCGAUGGAAUGAGGAGAAAGGCCCAGAGAGACAUGGAGGAACAGAUGGAGCUCAAAGACGCCUUGCAGGCCAGAGUCACAGCACUGGAAACUGAGCUCAAGAGGAAAACGCAGGCAGCCAUGCGGCCCGCUCUGGAUUCAUCAGCUCUCAGUUCAGAUGACGACGACGACAGCCUCUUCGAUCCCUCCAUCACCUCCAUACUUACUGAGAGCAACCUCCAGACCAGCUCCUGUUAAAAUCAGGCACCAGGUGGGCGGGGGGGAUACUAUCAAAGAAACAAAAAAGGGGGGCAUGUAGGUUCCUUUUUGGACUGGGGGUAAAGCAGAAUGGUAUUGACUACAGGCAAUACAGGGGCUGCACUGAUUUGGGAUUUAAAUUACACAUUGUAAAGUUUAGCAGGCAAAUAAUUUCCCUCACCAGGGAGAAUGGAAGGAAGAAACGCAUUUCAGGGUAUUUCAUCAGUCUACAAGGUACUCCGAUGCACUCCACAGUACAGCUGGAAGUACUACACCACGAAGACUAACUAACUGGGUUACAAGAAGAGAACCAGAGCGUAAGAAAUGUAAAUAGAAAUUUCCUCCUGCAUUUUUUACAAAUGCAAGUUCAGUCAAACCAUUUCUGGGUUGAGAUUCUGGAUCAAGCACUUACGGUACAAAGUUAGACUUUGAGAAGUUUGACUUCUCAGCGUGGAAAGUUUACUUUUUCAAUUUUUUCUCUGUAGCAUACGAUUCUGUACCUCAGCAUGAAUAAAUAUAAGGUAGUUAUUUACAAGCAUGGACCAACAUUAGACUCUGAUUCUCAUACUCGCUUUUGUUUUGAGGAGUCAAAUUUACAGCAAAUAAUUGGCACUGAAUGAAAUCUAGCUAUUUAAACACAUGCUUUUUUAAAAAUACGACUUGUGUUUUUAUUACAGUACGACGCAGUGUAGGAAUUCCGAACUAUAAAAUGUGACGCUAAUUAUUCACUCUAUAUGUGAUAGAAGCCUCAUGUUGGUGUGAGGGUUUCUAUCAUGUGUCUCUUUAUCUGCUGUAUCUUUAACAACUUCCUAGUAACGGUACAACAGACCUUUUGUUUUGCAGAUUGUAAUUUUGAGGACAGAAGUGUCCUUUUGUCAGAUUAUGAAAUUAUGUUCUUUUCUUUGAGUUAAAAUGGCCAAAAAAAAUCUUACUGGCCAUUAAAAUGUUUGUAUUUGUAGAAGCUGCACAAUUUCUAUGCAUUCCUUCAUUGCAAGUCACUGAAAUAUAUGCCUUAAAGUAAUUUUUUUGUAAAAUUCAACAUUAACGACUGUUUUGUAAACUGUUUUGACGAAUCAGUUUGAGUGCUAAUAACUGUCUUUCCAGUGAAACUGGAAGUGGGGAAAUGUCUUAGACUGAAGAAACGGCUGUUGAAUUUCAAAAUGCUGGCGUGUUCUUUAAGGUUGAAUAGAGAAAUUCACCUUGUGACCGUACUUCCAAACGUCGAUCAUAUUUCUAUCGCACGUAAAUGUAGCCACAAUAAAAGUUCAACAAUUUAAGUUUCUGUGAUUCAUGAUUACAUAUAUAUAAAUUAAAU